GUUGGGUUGUGUAUCGGAGGACGCAUGACUUUCAACCUUCGUCUCUCCUGAGCACGUACGGGAGUUGUAGCGAUGAGACAAGAUAGUAGAUACUACAACAAUUGGAUACCACGAAAUUGGGGAGAAAAAGGGUUUUUGGAAGUAGUGGACAUUGCCAGGCACAUCCCGCCACAUGUUCACAUGUUCAAAUGCGACCUGUGGAGCAAGUGUCAUAAAGCAGUCCUGCAGGAGGAUCUGAUGCACUUUGAUCAUCUCAAAGAGGAUUGAAAGUUGUUUUAAAGCUGUAGCAUUGUGGAGGUUUUGAAUUGUGAUUUGGGGUCUGAUCUGAAAAUAAAUAUUUGCCAUGAAAAUUAUUGUAGGCUACACUGCAGCCCCUUUACAAUCUGAUACUUGAGAUUAUGAGUUUAAAUAAAGUACAUUUUCUGUGACAUUGUGGAACAACACUAUUACAAUUUUCCAUCAGUAAUUAGAUAUUUUUUUAAUGAAUGUGUUAAAAAAAAUAAAAAAAGGUUAUAUUUGAAGUGAAUUUUGGGUUCGGAAGUUAAUUAUAUAAUAAGGUCCAAUUAAACUGAAUAACAUGUUCUAGGAAAAAUAUUACAAAAAGAAGGCAUUGAAAAGUAAUGAAAAAACAAAAUGUCUUAUGUUGCAUACCAUAACACUAGAAAAAUAAUACACGAAGUAUAAUGCAAGGAUUGCACUCUUACAAUCCAAGGAGAGCUAUGUAAAUCUGUGACGUACCUCGCUUUCGUAGAGUUUGAGGGAUUUUUCUGUUCCAGUCUUGUAAAUGUACUUGCGCCUUGCUAGCUAACACAUUCUGGACGUUGUGAAAUGAAUAUAUUUUCCAUAUCCCGCUUUGCUAAUCAGUCAACUUAAAAAGGAGCCAGUCCUGACUCCCAUCACAUAGCCCCUAAACAUGGAUUUCAUCGAGAGCGAAGCAGAGGAGUCUGAGGAGGAAUUUGGGAGUACAGCAUAUGAGGAAGAGGAACAGGAGAAUACCGAGGACCAAGAUGAGGAUGGAAACCUCAGUGGUCUGAUUGAUGAUGGUGUGGAUGAAGGGGAAGGAGAGGAAGAGGAGGAGAAGGAAGGGAAGAAAGAUAAAGAAGGAGAUAGUGACUCUGGGGAGGAAAUUGGACACCAUAAGAGGAAGAGAAGCUUUGACGACCGCUUGGAUGAUGAUGAUAUUGAUCUCAUUGAGGAGAAUUUGGGAGUGAAAGUGAAAAGGCAAAAGUUCCGUCGUUUGCGAGACAUGUCGGACGAUGAGGAUGAAGAGGGAGAUGAUGACGUCAGGGAGGCCCAUGAGAAGGACAUGAUAGCGGAUGAGAUCUUCAUGGGGACGGGAGCGGAUGAGGGCGAGGCAUUGGAUGUGCCUUUGCAUCCCGGGGAGGAUGAGCAGGAGGACGAUGAAGAGUCUGAUAUCGAUGACUUUAUUGUGGAUGAUGACGGACAGCCCUUGAAGAAACCCAAGUGGAGGAAGAAGCUGCCAGGAUAUACAGAUGCAGCACUUCAGGAGGCCCAGGAGAUAUUCGGAGGGGACUUUGACUUUGCCGAGUUUGACACUGAAGCCUAUGAAGAUGCAGAGGAGGAGGAGGAUGCAGAUGAAGAGUCAUGGGACCGGCCCAAGAAGCAGACCAAGAAGAGAGUGGGCCGACGCAGUAUCUUUGAGAUCUAUGAGCCCAGUGAGCUGGAGAGCAGUCACAUGACGGACCAGGACAAUGAGAUCCGUUCCACUGACAUGCCAGAGAGGUUCCAGUUGCGCUCCACUUGUGUGAAGCCUGCAGAGGAUGAUGAGUUGGAACAGGAGGCUGAGUGGAUCUAUAGGAAUGCCUUCUCUACUCUCACCAUCUCCAUGCAGGAGAACGCAGACUAUUUGGACAGAGGUCCAGCCACUACAUUCAGCAGAAAAGGCCCCAGCACCAUCCAGAAGAUUAAAGAGGCUUUGAAUUUCAUGAGAAACCAACACUUUGAGGUUCCGUUCAUAGCGUUCUACAGGAAAGAGUAUGUGGAACCUGAACUCAAUAUCAAUGAUCUGUGGAAAGUUUGGCAGUGGGAUGAGAAGUGGACCCAGCUGAAAACCCGCAAACAGAACCUGAGACGCCUGUUCCAGAAGAUGCAGGGAUACCAGUUUGAACAGAUCUCAGCAGACCCAGAUAAGCCACUGGCUGAUGGCAUUCGACCAUUAGACACUUCAGAUUUAGAGCGGCUGAAGGAUGUCCAGUCUAGUGAUGAACUGGGCGACGUCUACAACCAUUUCCUGCUGUACUAUGGCCGGGAUAUCCCAAAGAUGCAGAAUGCAGCCAGGUCCAGCAAGAAGAAGCUGAAGAAGAUCAAAGAAGUGGAUGAAGAUGGUAAUGAGCAGGAAGUAGUAGAGGAGGAGGAAGAGGAAGAAGAGGAGCACCCGAAGGGGCCGGACCUGAAGCUUGCAUCUCGCAGGGAUAUGUACAGCAUCUGCCAGGGUGCAGGACUGGAUGGCCUAGCCAAGAAGUUUGGUCUGACUCCAGAGCAGUUUGGAGAGAACCUACGUGACAGUUACCAGCGUCACGAGACGGAGCAGUUUCCUGCUGAGCCAAUGGAGCUGGCUAAGGACUACAUCUGCAGCCAGUUUAGCACAGCGGAGGCAGUACUGGAGGGAACUCGCUACAUGGUCGCCAUGCAGAUCGCUCGGGAGCCUCUAGUCAGACAUGUGCUCCGACAGACAUUCCAGGAGAGAGCCAAGAUCAACAUCAAACCCACCAAGAAGGGAAAGAAGGAUGUGGAUGAGGCCCAUUAUGGCUUCUCCUUUAAAUACCUGAAAAACAAGCCUGUAAAGGAGCUGAAUGGAGACCAGUUCCUCAAGAUGUUGCAGGCAGAGGAAGAGGGCCUGCUCACCAUUAACGUCUGUAUUGACCUGAUUGGAGUGAAGGGGUACGGAGGUGACCAGGCAUACUAUGAAGAGAUCAAGCAGUUUUACUACAGAGAUGAGUUCAGCCACCAGGUUCAGGAGUGGAACAGACAGCGCACUCUGGCCAUCGAGCGCUCCCUCAAACAGUUCCUUUACCCGCAGAUGGCGAAAGAGCUGAAGAACAAACUUAUUGCAGAAGCAAAGGAGAACAUCAUCAAGGCCUGCAGCAGGAAGCUGUAUAACUGGCUGAAGGUGGCGCCCUAUCGGCCCGACCAACAAGUGGAGGAGGAGGAGGACGAGGAGCUCAUGUCUGAGGCCCAGGGCAAAGGGAUCCGCGUGCUGGGAGUGGCCUUCUCAUCCAGCAGAGACACCCCAGUGUUCUGCGCCCUGGUGAAUGGUGACGGAGAAGUGGGGGAUUUCCUCAGGCUUCCUUACUUCCUGAAGAGGAGGAACGCAUGGAGGGAGGAUGAACGAGAGAAAAAGAUCCACGAUAUUGAAACCCUGAAGAAGUUUCUGAACAGCAAGAAGCCUCACAUCAUCGCUAUAGCUGGGGAGAACAGGGAUGCCCAGAUGGUGAUUGAGGACAUUAAACGCACUGCCAGUGAGCUGGAGCAGGAGUCCUCUUUCCCCACCAUUGGGGUGGAGCUGGUUGACAAUGAACUGGCCAUGCUCUACAUGAACAGCAAGAAGUCAGAGGCAGAUUUCCGGGACUACCCCCCUCUCCUGAGACAGGCUGUGUCUGUGGCCAGGAAGAUCCAGGACCCCCUGGUGGAGUAUGCUCAGGUGUGCAGCAGUGACGAUGACAUCCUCUGCCUCAAGUUGCACCCUUUGCAGGAGCAUGUAGUGAAGGAGGACCUGCUGAAUGCUCUGUACUGUGAGUUCAUCAACCGGGUGAAUGAAGUGGGUGUGGAUGUGAACCGGGCCAUGGCCCACCCCUACACCCAGAGCCUGUUGCAGUACGUCUGUGGCCUGGGGCCCAGGAAGGGAUCCCACCUGCUCAGGAUCCUGAAGCAAAAUAACACUCGUCUGGAGAACCGCACUCAGCUGGUCACCAUGUGUCACAUGGGCCCCAAGGUCUUCAUCAACUGUGCUGGUUUCAUAAAGAUUGACACAGCUUCUCUGGGCGAUAGUACUGACUCCUAUAUUGAGGUUCUGGACGGGUCACGGGUGCACCCAGAGACCUAUGAGUGGGCCAGGAAGAUGGCCGUGGACGCUCUGGAGUACGAUGAGUCAGCGGAGGACGCCAACCCGGCCGGAGCACUGGAGGAGAUCCUGGAAAACCCAGAGCGGCUCAAAGACCUGGACUUGGAUGCCUUCGCUGAGGAGCUGGAAAGACAGGGUUAUGGUAACAAGGGCAUCACCCUGUAUGACAUCCGUGCUGAGCUGAGCUGCAGGUACAAAGACCUGAGGUCCACCUACAGAGGACCUAACACAGAGGAGAUCUUCAACCUGCUCACCAAGGAGACACCAGAGACCUUCUACAUCGGUAAACUUAUUACCAGUGUGGUGACAGGCAUUGCUCACCGGCGCCCCCAGGGGGAGAGUUAUGACCAGGCCAUAAGGAAUGAUGAGACAGGUCUGUGGCAGUGUCCUUUCUGUCAGCAGGACAACUUUCCUGAGCUCAGUGAGGUGUGGAAUCAUUUUGACAGUGGCUCCUGCCCUGGCCAAGCUAUUGGGGUCCGCUGUCGCAUGGACAAUGGAGUCACCGGCUUUAUCCCUACCAAGUUCCUCAGUGACAAAGUGGUCAAGCAUCCUGAAGAAAGGGUUAAGGUGGGCAUGACAGUGCACUGCAGGAUCAUGAAGAUUGACAUUGAGAAGCUCAGUGUGGAUCUGACCUGUCGGACGUCAGACCUGUCGGAUAAGAACAACGACUGGAAGCUUCCCAAGGACACCUACUACGACUUUGACACUGAGACAGAGGAUGUGAAGCAGGAGGAGGAGGCCAAGAAGAAACAGCAGAGAACAACCUACAUUAAGAGGGUGAUAGCCCACCCAUCGUUCCAUAACAUCAACUUCAAGCAGGCAGAGAAGAUGAUGGAGUCCAUGGACCAGGGAGAUGUGAUCAUCAGGCCCAGUAGUAAGGGAGAGAACCACCUGACUGUUACUUGGAAGGUUGCUGAUAACAUCUACCAGCACAUUGACGUACGAGAGGAGGGCAAGGAGAACGCCUUCAGCCUGGGACAUACCCUGUGGAUCAACACUGAGGAAUUUGAAGAUCUGGAUGAAAUCACAGCCAGAUACGUUCAACCAAUGGCUGCGUUUGCUCGCGAUCUGCUCGGUCACAAGUAUUUUCAAGAAUGCAAUGGUGGAGACCGAAAGAAAAUGGAGGAGGUCUUGGUGAAAAGCAAGAAGGAGAAGCCUACAUUCAUCCCCUACUAUGUGUCUGCCUGUAGAGAGCUGCCAGGGAAGUUUCUGCUCGGUUACCAGCCCCGCGCAAAGCCAAGGGUUGAGUUUGUGACUGUCACGCCUGAGGGGUUCAGAUACAGAGGACAGAUUUUUCCCACAGUCAAUGGACUUUUCCGAUGGUUCAAAGACCAUUUCCAGGAUCCAGUGGCAGGGAUUACUCCCAGCAGCAGCAGUAGAACACGAACCCCAGCCUCUGUCAAUGCCACGCCAGCCAAUAUUAACAUUGCAGAUCUGACUCGUGCAGUGAACGCCCUCCCUCAGAACAUGACCUCUCAGAUGUUCAGUGCCAUUGCCGCUGUAACGGGCCAGGGCCAGAACCCCAACACCACACCUGCCGGUUGGGCAUCCAGCCAGUACGGCUACACUGGGGACAGCAGCGGUGGGGGGGGCAGCAGCAGCGCCUAUCACGUGUUUGCCACACCAGCUCAGCAGCCCAUUGCUACUCCCCUUCUGACGCCAAGCUAUUCAUACACCACCCCCACCCCUAGCCAGCAGCAGACUAUCACCACACCCCAAUACCCCAGCAGCACUCCCCAGUCCUCACACGGGUCACAAGGACAUGGACACCGCCCUUCCUCCUCCACACCAACAUCAUCAUCCUCUUCCCGCCACCACAGGACACCAACACCAAAGGCAACUUCCCACACAGCAGUGGACUGGGGCAAGAUGGCCGAGCAGUGGCUCCAGGAGAAAGAGGCAGAGCGCAAGAAGACGAGGCCCAGAAUGACCCCACGACCUUCUCCCAGCCCCAUGAUCGAGAGCACGCCCAUGUCCCUCGCUGGAGACGCCACACCACUGCUGGAUGAGAUGGAUCGCUAGGUCCAGAGGAGACUUUCCUUCUCCCGAUCCCACUGUUACUCACCCCUACUGUACUGUAUAUGAACUGGACUCAUUAUACUGUAUAAUACUGCAUACACUUCACUGCUUCAGUUGGUCAGAUUGAAGGAUAAGAUGAUGGUGACCAACAUGGAUGACUGAAUUGCACAUGGAAAAUGUAUUUGAUAACAGUGGUUUGUUUCAAAUUCACCUAAAGAAGAUGGUUGUAAAUGUUGACUAUCACUUCUUUGGUAACACUGUUCCUCACUUGCAAUUUUUGUGGAAUGUACUGGGAACAAUGACAACUGCAUGACUUCUUUAAACCAGGUUUUAAGCGUAUUAACUUCAAAUGCAUGUGAUGGAACAAAAACCAAUGAAAACGAUGUAUUUCUGAAUCACCCGAGGUUACUGUAACAUGCUAUAUGAAUAUUAACCAUCUCUCAGUAUGGGUUUUAAAAGGCAAUUUCUAGUACCAUGUAUAUUAUAUCUACUGUAUACUAUUUUAUCUUUGUCACAUGGGUCUUAGGCCAUUUUAAUAGCUAUCUUGUUAGUUUCUGGAUUCAUAUGAAGUUGCUGCUUAGUGUAUUGCAUGAGAGCUCGACUGGUUAUAGGUUUUAGCCUACAGUAGCUAUACAAGCUUCAUGUCUAGUCUGUGUAACACAAUGAAGAACAUUGACAGUAUUUACUUGGACGUGUUGAACAAAAUAGGUAUAGGACCUCAAGCACUUUUACUAAUUCUUUUGUUUUUUUUACUUUGAAUGUUUUUAGUAUUUUUAAAUGCAUUGCCGACUGUGGUCUGUGCUUACUGUGCUACAUCAGCAUAUUCGCAUUACAGCGACUGUCCUGUAAUAUACAGUACACUUAAAUGUUAUCCUCUAUCAACAUUUAAUCCAUAUGAAUGUAUUUUACACCUAUCAAAUUCACUUCCUGUAGUUGAAUUAAAGUCAUGUAAGUGUCAGUCAGUUUCAGUAUUCAUCAUGUUCUCAUGUAAUCUCAUUAACAAAAUGAGGCCAUAACAAAGAAGAGAUCUAUCAGUGCCAGCCUGCAGUACGAAUUAAAGCUGUAUGUUAGCAUUGUUGAAUGCCUUUCCUUCAUAAAAAAAAUAAUAAUAAUACA